AUGGAAUUAAGUGGAGAAAGUCCAAUAGUGAUUCCUCAUCCCCUUAAUGAACUACCUGUAAAAGUUGACGUCCAAGUUAAAGUGAUUCAUGGUGGAAUGGAGUAUAUAUUUCCUGGACUUGGAUCCGCCCAAAGGGACGAUGAUAUAGCAACAGAUUACGGGGGUGUUGGAUACAUAUAUAAUGAAUUAGAUGUAAAAAUAUAUGUUCCCGUGGCUCAAAACAAUGGCAAUGGUCAAGGAUGGGUCAUUACAACAGCUUCUCCUUAUGUGAAUGUUGCUCACAAUCUUGGGGUGUAUCCCGAUUUUGUGACUGUUCAGCUUAUCCUCAGUAGCGGAUACGUCUCAGAAGCACAAGGUACAACACCUGUAACAUUUAACCAUGGUGAUAAAUGGAUAAAUACCUGCGGUACAGUAUUUGGGAUUACAGACUCUCAUGUGACACUCUGGGGUGCCAGUGAAGCUGAUGAUUUCAUAGCAUGCUUUAAAGAUGGCUGGGGCAGUGAAGAUAUUUCAUAUACCUCAGCUACUGUUGAAAUUAGAGCAUGGAUUCUGACGCUAACAGAGACAAAAGACAACACAGUCCCUAGUGGAAGGAUGUUUUAUGGAGCUGGGACAGCUAGUCAGGGGGAUGCCGGUGAAUCUUUUGGAGGUACUUUGUAUGGGUAUAACAGCUCUCACGUUCUUUUAUGGACACCUGCCCUGUCCUAUGGGUACCCUAUAUAUGUUGGAGGUGUCUGGGCUGGAGGAACAGAUUCUUUACAAAGUUCUUCUGUUGAUGUGUCUGUAAAAGUUAUUGCCACAGGGACAGUUCCUCAGGUUGGCUGUUCAUCUCCACCAAGUAUUUCUAAUGGAUACUAUGUAGUAACUAAUGACUCUGCAGUUUACCAUUGUAAUCAAGAGAUGUUGUGUCCCACCCCGACAGAAAUUCCUAAUGCCAUAGAAAUAUCAAAUGGGACCCAGAAUGGAAGCGUGACAUUAUAUUCAUGCCUAACGGGAUAUUGGGGGAAUAGCGAUAUAUCAUGCUCAGAUCCACCAGAAAUCCAAAACGCAAUGAAGCUGUCAGAUGGGUUAGAGAACGGAAGUUCAACAUUAUACACGUGCAUGCCGGGAUUCACAUCAAAUAAUGGACAACCGAAAAUAUCGUGUUCAGAAAUUAAACCAUGCGAUGUUCCACCUUCAAUACCAAAUGCAUACUAUACUCUUGACAACACCACGGCUACUUAUCAUUGUUACCAUGGCUACACAGGAAAUCAAACAGACUCCACAAUCAGAUGUGUGAAUUCACAAUGGGAAGCCACUACGCUUAACUGUUCAAAUAUAACCUGUGGUCCGCCUUCAGAUAUCCCAAACACAGUUAAGGUAUCUGACGGGUUCUAUAAUGGUAGCAUGACAAUAUACUCGUGUCUGCCUGGUUUCUCAUCUAAUAACGAAUAUCCAAACACGACAUGUAAUGGAAGCCAUUGGUCAAGUGUACAGUUUGCUUGUUCAGGUAUCCUUAUGAAGUUGACCUACUAA